AAGAGACAGCUGUGUUUGGUGGAGGUAUUUUUAAACACAUCAAUGCUGCUCCAAUCCCCUCGCCUCUGCCCUCCUAUUUAUAGCUGGGGCCGGCCAUUGUUCUAUUUCUGUCACCUGUGGGCCACGCUGUUGUUAAUUCACAUGCAAAUGAAGCUUGCACCCUCUCCGGCUCAAGCAUUACUUUCCUGUGAGAGGUUGACGGAUAAACAGUGCCCGGCUUAGCUCAUCUCUGACUAGUACACCCCCCACUGGAAGGUUGAAACACAGGCAGGCUCACUCUCACCACUCAGACAUUACUGAGAGAGGAACAGAGAGGAGAAGACAGACAGAUGAGAGAGAGAGACAACAGAGAGAGAGAGAGAUCAGAGGGAAUAAGAGCAGGGUAGUAGCUCAGUGUCACACCAAGAGAAAAGAAUCAGACUGCCAGUCAUCUUCUAACUCUGUCUGAACAGGGACUUCUUGACUGAAGCUCUGUGUUCUAUGGUGCUGUGUAGUCACAGUAUAGUGGGGAAAGCCUCACAGAGGGAGUGUGUGGUGUGGUUAUUGUAUUGCGUUUCAGCACAGCAAGAGAGAGAGAGUUUCCUCAGAGGAAAAGGAGGUCUCCGUACGCCGUCGUGGUCGUUCCCCUGAGUGCACUGCUGUGAGAGGGUUGGCUCUUUAGGGACAGGAAGAGCAGGACUUGCGAUGCGACCUGAGCGCUGAGUGGAGUAUGCUACAGACGAUUUACGAGAGCGAGUCAAAUUUCUCCACCACAACAAACAAGCUCGUUGUCCACCAGCGACUCUUGGACCAGCAGAAGAUGCACAACGUUAACUCAGUGGACAUUAAGCCAGAGGUACUUUUGGAUCCCGUGUCUCCGUUGGACCUGCGUACAGACCUGAGGAUGCUGGGGCCUGGCUCGGACCCGGGAAUGUGGGAGCGUCAGUUGCAGCAGGAGCUGCUCCUCAUCCAGAAACAGCAGCAGGUCCAGAAACAGCUGCUGAUCAGCGAGUUCCAGAAGCAGCAUGAGAAUCUGACCCGCCAGCACCAGGCCCAGCUCCAGGAGCACCUCAAGCUGCAACAGGAGCUGCAGGCCAUGAAGCAGCAGCAGGAGCUGGUGGAGAAGGAGAGGAGGCAGCAGCUGCAGCAGCAGCAGAGCCAGCAGGAGAAGGAGCAGGAGAGACAUCGCAGGGAGCAGCAUGUCCUCUGCCUCAGCCUCAGGGGCAAGGAGCGCACCAGAGAGAGUGCUGUGGCCAGUAAUGAGGUGAAGCAGAAACUCCAAGAGUUUCUGUUGAGUAAAUCAAACAAGGACCUGUCCACUGCCGGAGCCACACACAUGCUCAUCCACCACCCCAAGCUCUGGUACACGUCCUCCCACCACACGUCUCUGGACCAGAGUUCUUCUCCCCUGGGAGGCAUGUCUCCUGUCUGCCACUACACUCUCCCCUCCCCUCAGGACGGACAGGACGACUUCCCACUGAGGAAAACAGCCUCAGAGCCCAACCUGAAGGUGAAGUCUAGACUGAAGCAGAAGGUAGCAGAGAGGAGGAGUAGUCCACUGCUGAAGAGGAAAGACAGCAACGUCAUGACCCCCUACAAGAAGAGGGCCCUAGAAAUUAUGGACUCUACAGUCACCAACAGUGCCCCAGGCUCAGGACCCAGCUCUCCCAUCGGAGCCUCCAGCGCCCUGGGGGCUGAGAACGGGCCCUCCUCUCUCCCCACCACCACAAAAACGGAACGCUGGCCAUCACAGCCUAGGUUAUUUCGUCCAGAGGGCUCCAUGUCCAACCUUCUGAGCUUAUACACGUCUCCCUCCUUACCCAACAUCACCCUGGGCCUCUCCGCCACCUCCUCCCAGAUCAGCGCUGCCAUCGGGCUGAAGGAGAAGACUGGGGAGGUCAGGCAUGGUCUACCAGGGCAGCUCCUGGGGCCUGUGCCCAUGCCCACGGUGACCCCCAUGGAGACCAAGGUGUCCCCCAGCCAUCAGGCCCUGCUCCAACACCUCCUUCAGAAGGAACAGAUAAGACGGCAGAAGAUGCUCUCCUCCUCUGGUCAAGGCUCCAUGCCCACCCACCCCCACUCCCCUCUGGCCAUGAAGGACAGGCCCUCCUCCAACAGCAGACCCAAGCUACCCAAGCACCGGCCCCUGAACCGGACCCAGUCAGCCCCUCUGCCCCAGAGCACCUUGGCUCAGCUGGUCAUCCAGCAGCAACACCAGCACUUCCUGGAGAAGCAGAAACAAUACCAGCAGCAGAUCCACAUCAAUAAGCUGCUGUCCAAGUCCAUCGAGCAACUCCGUCAACCCAGCUCCUUGGUCAACCCACACCUGCAGGAGUCAGAGGAGGAGGAGGACAACACCCGGAGGAUGGAGGAUGAGAGGAUGGACAUGCAGGAGGACAGGAUGCCCCCUGGUGGCGUGAUCCAGAAACACACCCUUCGCUCCAGCAACAGCAGUGGCAGCAACAGCUCUCUCGGGGAGCUGUCCUCCAUCGUAGAGGCCCACCACCACCUGGGGGUCAUAAAGGUCAAAGAGGAGCCAAUCGACAGCGAGGACGAAUCCCUGUCCAGUCAGAGCCUAGCGGCGGAGCAGAGGGCCUCACUCCACCAGGUCAAAGGUCAGCUGGUGAUAAGAGCUAUGAUCUGAGAGGGGGCAGAAGAUGAAGGAGAUCACACACUGCGACAUUCAGAGACGCAUACGUACACACAAACACACACACACACACACACACACACACACACACACACACACACACACACACACACACACACACACACACACACACACACACACACACACUGCAGCCAACACACACACAGAGCCGACUAGGACUCCCCAGGCAGUCCUCUCCCUGCCCUGAGAUGUGACGCUGUCUCAGUGAAGUGCAGCCGCAGCCCAAACCCCCACCAGACUGACUCUCUGUUUGUGAACUUUGUGAAGUGAUCUGUAAUGUAAAGUAUGGUUCACCGUGCUGUAUAUAACAUGGAGAGAAGAUGUGUGUGUGUGUGUGUGUGUGUGUGUGUGUGUGUGUGUGUGUGUGUGUGUGUGUGUGUGUGUGUGUGUGUGGUGCUCCUUCUUUUUUUACUUCUAAGGAACUGCUUUGAUUGUUUUCAGGUUCUGCUCAAUUGACAGAAUGUAGUAUGUAUGUAUACAGUAGAUUUAGCGUAAGAGAAUAUUCUAGAAGGGAUGUAUAGUUUAACCGUUGUACAGUUUAUGAAUGCCAUUUUAUGUUCCCAUAGUGUAACAUUUAUGCCAUCAAUUCACUUCAACUUUGACUUGCUGACUGUUGUUGUUUUAUUCAAAUGUCAUAUUCUCCGUCGUUCUCCAAAAAGCUGUGAUGUUCUGUGUUCAGUGGUCUCUGAAAAUGACAUGAAAAUAAGGAAGCAUGCUUAUGUCUGUAUGAGAGAGAAUGUAUUGUUCAACCUUAACACAACACAGCCCACCCUUACGACUGAGUACAGCCAGCCUACACUGGGAAUGAGACUGUUUAUUGAUGUACAGUACUGCAGAGUGGAGGAGCAAAUGGUAAAUCAGUGGAUGGAUGGAUGGAUGGAUGGAUGGAUGAUGGAUGGAUGGAUGGAUGGAUAGAUGGAUGGAUGGAUGGAUGCAUAAUGGAUGGAUGCAGAGAUGUAUGGAUGGGUAUAUGGAUGGAUGCAUGGAUGGAUAUAUGGAUGGAUAGAUGAUGGAUGCAUAGAUGGAUGCAUAGAUGGAUGGAUGCAGAGAUGAAUGGAUGGAUAUAUGGAUGGAUGGAUGGAUGGAUGGAUGAUGAUGAUGUAUAGAUAUAUGGAUGGAUGGAUGGUGGGAUGAAUGGAUGGAUAUAUGGAUGGAUGGAUGGAUGGAUGGAUGGAUGGAUGGAUGGCGGGAGGGAUGGAUGGAUAGAUGAUGGAUGGAUGGAUGGAUGGAUGGAUGGGUGGAUGGGUGGAUGGAUGGAUGGAUGGAUGGAUGAUGAUGAUGUAUAGAUAUAUGGAUGGAUGGAUGGUGGGAUGAAUGGAUGGAUAUAUGGAUGGAUGGAUGGAUGGCGGGAGGGAUGGAUGGAUAGAUGAUGGAUGGAUGGAUGGAUGGAUGGAUGGAUGGAUGGAUGGGUGGAUGGGUGGAUGGAUGGAUGGAUGGAUGGAUGGAUGGAUGGAUGGGAUAUAUGGAUGGAUGGAUGGAUGGAUGGAUGGAUGGGUGGAUGGAUGGAUGGGUGGAUGGUGCAGGCAGUCAGCUCCAUCAGACCACAGGACCAGGUCUGCUUCUCAAAUGGGCAUCCCUUAGGCCUCAGGUUAAAGGUUCUGUGCUAUAUAGGGAAUAUAGCAAGAACAAAAGAACAAAAUCAUCCUGGUUUGCCACGGUCCUGUGUUGAGAUGCCGUGUCAUCCUAAUCUUUCUCGUUCUCCUCUUCCUCGACCUCCUCUUCCUUCUCUUCCUCCUCCUCCUCCCCUCUGGGUCAAAGCUCAGCCAGGUUCCUGCGCAACUUUCAACAGAGGAUUCACUAACAGAGAGAAUGAGAGAGAAAGAGAGGGAGAGAGUGAGAGAGAGAAAUAGAAGAAGAUAAAUAGUGAGAGGGAGAGAGCGAGAGAGCGAGAGAGAGAGAAGGAGAGGGAGAGAAUGAGAGAGCGAGAGAGAAGGAGAGAAAGAGAGAGUGAGAGCGAGAGAGAGAGAGAAAGAAGGAGAGGAUAGAGUAGAGGGCGGGCAGGAAAUGCCUUCUAGAAGCCAGGAGUCGGAAUGAUUCAUGUGUGCAGGAAUGUUAGGGGAGAGGAGGACCCAGGGUUGUAGGAGUCCAAGGGGCCAGGCUUGAGAAUUGAUUUACUGUCAAGGCGAAUUACAAAGCGAGUGGGGAUAUGGUUAAGGGAGACCCUUUUUUAAAGGGAAUCGCUUCCUUCGUACUCCCCAGUGACAUGCUUACCUCCACACGCAGGUUUGAUGUUACUUCAAUAAAAUAAAAAACAAGAUGGGACCUCUCUCCUUCUCCCCAUCCCCCACCCCUGACUCCCUCUUGAAAUUGCCCCAUGCAACAUGUCGACUCUGGUCUUAAAGUGGUCAAUCAAUGUAUGUAAAGCUGUAACUUUUUUUUCCUGUUUCGUUUAUCUUGUCAAUGUAUAAAAUAUGACUAUGGGGUUCUGUGUUUGGGUUCCUGUGAAAGACAUAAACUAUGUCUGUCAGUUUGUCUGUCUGCCUGUCUGACUCAUACUGUACAUUUAGCUCAGCCCAUUCUAAUGUUUGUAGUGUAAAAAUCACUUUCAAUCGGAACAAUGUCAGUCUUGUUCCCUUGCUUCUUUGAUUGGGCUGUAACGGGGCCCCUUCUCUACCCGUGGGGGGUCCCUGGAUUCUGUUCAUAGCUGUUUGCGUUUGUUCUCUUUCUUUUCUGCCUUGUGCUACAAACCUUUCUUUUAUAAAAUAAAGUUCAUUCCCCUACUG